CCGGCGACACCGAGCGUGGGCCGGAAGUGGAGGAGCCGCGAGCGGCGCCGCAAGAGCUCCGGGCUAGACCGUGGCGACGGCGGCGGCCCCUCGGCUGGAGGAGGACGAUGAGGAGCGACGGAAGCGGCGCGGGGGGACGCUGCCGCGCGGCAACGGGUUCCGUGUCCGCGGCCCACUGCGCAGCCUGCGAGCAGGUCUAAGACACUUACGGAGAGCUACAAUGGAAAAAUCCUGGAUGCUGUGGAACUUUGUUGAAAGAUGGCUAAUAGCUUUGGCUUCGUGGUCUUGGGCCCUUUGCCGUAUUUCUCUUUUACCUUUAAUAGUGACUUUUCAUCUGUAUGGAGGCAUUAUCUUACUUUUGUUAAUAUUCGUGUCAAUAGCAGGUAUUCUGUAUAAAUUCCAGGAUGUAUUGCUUUAUUUUCCAGAGCAGCCAUCUUCUUCACGCCUUUAUGUUCCCAUGCCCACUGGUAUUCCACAUGAAAACAUUUUCAUCAGAACCAAAGAUGGAGUGCGUCUGAACCUUAUUUUGAUAAGAUACACUGGAGACAAUUCGCCCUAUUCCCCGACUAUAAUUUAUUUUCAUGGGAAUGCAGGCAACAUAGGUCACAGGUUACCAAAUGCAUUGCUUAUGUUGGUUAACCUCAAAGUUAAUCUUUUGCUUGUUGAUUAUCGAGGAUACGGAAAAAGCGAAGGAGAAGCGAGUGAAGAGGGACUCUACCUGGAUUCUGAAGCUGUGCUAGAUUACGUGAUGACUAGACCUGACCUUGACAAAACAAAAAUUUUUCUUUUUGGCCGUUCCUUGGGAGGAGCGGUGGCUAUCCAUCUGGCUUCCGAAAAUUCACAUCGGAUUUCGGCCAUUAUGGUGGAGAACACGUUUUUAAGCAUACCGCAUAUGGCCAGCACUUUAUUUUCAUUCUUCCCAAUGCGUUACCUUCCGUUAUGGUGCUACAAAAACAAAUUCUUAUCCUACAGAAAAAUCGCUCAGUGCAGAAUGCCUUCUCUUUUCAUCUCUGGGCUCUCCGACCAGUUAAUUCCACCAGUAAUGAUGAAGCAACUCUAUGAACUGUCCCCGUCUCGGACUAAGAGAUUAGCCAUUUUUCCCGACGGGACUCAUAAUGAUACGUGGCAGUGCCAGGGCUACUUUACUGCCCUGGAACACUUCAUCCGAGAAGCAAUAAAAAGCCGUUCUCCCGAAGACAUGGCACAGACCUCACCCAACGUCACGAUUAUAUGAUGCUCUUCUGUUUGAUUAACGCACUGUAUUUUAAUUUGCGCGGAACGGUAAAGAAUGUUCCUUUCUACAAGUGUGUUAUGUCUGUACUUGUCUGAAGAGUGACAUUAAACCCUGAAAGGACUUCAGUGCUCCUUUGAGACGAUCCAAAUAGUUUUUGACAUGUGAAGAACUGUAAUUCUUGGGAUUAUUUCAUAGUUUUCAUCAAACCUUUCAAUGUGGUCAUGUAUCCGUAUCUUUCGUUUAAUAUGCCAGUAUAAUAGCAUAUUGUAUUCAAAAGUUUCUUGUUGCCAAAAUGGUGUGCUUCGCGUGGCACUUGGAUCCGUGGCUGGGUGUGGAAGGAGAUCUGCCAACGAGAAACCUUUGAGUAUUAUUCCUUUAGUAAGUACCGGGACAAUCAUGGCAAGCAAACUUAGUUCUGUAACUGCAUUCUUCACCUUAAAAGUUAAAAUGAAAUGCAUGAUGGUAUUUUAGUCCUUGAAUUAUGCAAUGCAUCGUUUUUACUGUAAAUAGCACUGGUCAUUGACCGACGUAUACGGUAACCUGGGUUAUAUCUAUUUUGAUGUAAACUCUAUUUUGUUUUCGGCGAGAAGUGAAAUCGAGGCCUGUGUGCCGGCUGCCAUUGCAUUUUGCUCUGGUGAAUGCUGAGAUCCAGCUUUUUCUUACAAGUAAAUGGGACCCCAUUUUCCAAUAUAAAUGUACCAUGUUUUGUUAGGUACAGUCUGGAUCAUAGCAUGUAAAAAUAGAAAUUUAGAAUUUUACUGCAGCUUUGAUGUGCACAUUUGAACUUUUUAACAUUUGUAAUUUUGGUGGCAAAGAGAAUUUUAGCUUCUGUCGAUUUUGUAAGUCUACAGCUCAACCACUAAUAACGAUCAUAAUGACAAUUAGAACUUGUUUAAGAAAUAAAUUGGCAAGGCUUAUCAUUACAUGAUUGUACAGACUAUUUUACAGAAAUUCCCACACUUGAGUUUUAAGUCCAGUAUCUAGGUAUAUCUAGCCCACAACAGCCAAGAUAUCAUUUAUUGGACUUUCUGAAAAUAAAAGUUACAAAAUCAAAAGCAAAAAACCUGUUCUUUGGUUUAAUGUUUCAGUUGUUCUUAUAUAGAGCAUUAAAAGACAGUUUCAGGAAGUUUUCUUUCUUUUUCUCCUCCACAUAGGAGUGUGGGAAUGAAGGAACUCAAGAAGUUUUUCUUACAGAACCUAUUACCACAUUUAACAAUUACGUGGCUAGAAGUGAGAAGUAGUAUUUAGACAUAGAGAAGAGUAAGAAAACAAAAAGAGCCCCGUAAAACUUGCAGAACAUACCUUAAAAAAUAUAAGCUAUGGGGUAUAAUUGUGCUAUGUUGUUUCAGGCUGUCCUCAAAAAUUAGAUGUAAUUGAGCUCUGUACAUUAUGUCAGCUUUAACAUAGAAUAUUUUGAAUAUUUAGCUAUAUUUAUUGGCUUUGUGCAAGCGGCUAGAGCAGAGAAAUCAUGGGUCAAUAUUCUUGACCUUAAUUUUAGAAUCUUUCCAUGGAGAUAGGGCUAGAGAUACUUUGCCAAAUAACAUUCUUAUUCACUUUAUGUCAGUAUUUAGAAAAAUUCUAGCAAGUAUGAUUUCCUGUUUUUCUAUAAAUUAUUGUUUAAAAGUCAUGCUUUAAAAAAAAAGUUGGUAAUGCAUAUCAUGGAAGGCGUAUUUUUAUGUAUAAAUUCCCCACAAUUAAAGGAUACUUUUCAUCUUAUUGGUCAUUGCGAUGUAGAAUGACUCUCCUAAAUAGUAGUGUAUUCAAAAGAAAAAAGUUAAUACAACAAUCGUAGUGUACUUAGACAUGAGCUUACUUGGUGCACCUUAGCUUGUAUCAUCUCUAAGGUUUGGAGUACCUUUGUAUGUUUCCCUGUAACCAUUUAGCGUAGUACUUGUGAAGGGGUUUAUCCACUUUAGUUGUAAUGAGUAUUAUGCUGAUGAAGUAUAAAAGCUUUUUCUUCAUCAGUGUUUUGUUCUUAUGCUGCUUUUUUUUUUUAAGGUUUAUAAACAAAUUUUUUCCCCCCUCUAAAGCCAGGCUUUCAAAAGUUGCACAGUACUCGUGUAUUCGCCCCCACCUUCAUUCUCUUCGGAUUAAGGGGCAUUUGUUCCUGCAGCAGAGGGAAGGGACUGUGUUUAGGGUGGUAGGACAUCUUUCUUUCCUGGCUUCUGUAUCUGAGAUUUCCUUAGAUGGGAAGAGGGCAGAAAACAAACUCUUGUGGUCAGGGGUCCAUGGAGCCUGUGACAUCGUUUUUUCACAACAUGUCUAAUUUUGUGGCCAAAGCAGUUGGUCUUAAUAAAAUGUGAAUUCUUCA